AUGUUUGCUGUGGUAGGCACUGAUGGUGAGGCGGGAGGAGGAUUCAACUGCCCUAAUCCGAAUGAUAGUGAAGCCUUUGAAACCUUCUUUAAAAACUUCUUCGAUGACACUGAUACGAGCGGUAAGCAGUACGGUGAAUGGAGUUUAAAUGAUGUAAAUAACUACACUCAGCUGAACAUGGCUCAUCUGGAGCGCGACUCGCCGCAUAUGGUUGACAUCGUGAAAUGUGGGCUGAGAUAUUUAGCUGCGGUUGUCGACGAUUUCGAUACUAUGAACGUGGCACUGCUAAGACAUGACCGGAUUGAUUGUAUAUACGUUUUGCUGGCUUAUGAUAUGGACAGUCCGCUAACUCAAGAGACGUUCUUUGAGGGUUACGGUAUUAACUACUAUGAUGCACCUCUGCAGAGUGCUAUUGCACCGCGAUGGCUCGACUGCAAUAAUACGGAUGGGCGGCCUGUGGAUCAUGAGACAUCAUCAUUGAAGGAACUGACCUUGGACGAAUUCAUAGCACGUCAGGAGGCUGAGAAGGCGUAUCUGGCAUCCCAAGGGCUCACUCCUGAUGACUUCCUCUUUGCUUAG